CGAAGGAAUCGGGAAUACUCUCAUACGCAGUCGGUCUAAACCCCACUGUGAGGAUGCUGAAACAGAUCUGGCUAGCCUUGCUUUCUAGGGAAAGAGGAAUGUCCAAAAGCGGAGAAGAUCUAUCACGAUGAAGAAGAACACUCAGGUCGCGGAGAAGAAAGAUCAAUUCAUCUUGGUAAUUAUGUAAGAGAUUAUAAGAGGAUUUGGUGUGGCAAACAACUGGAACGACAACGAACUAUUUGGCAACAAAGAUUAUAACUGAGAAAGAAUAAUGCUGGUCUCCGGCUUGUCUAGCGGUUCUGCUGCCCGCAAGGUCUGUGGUUCGGUGACCGCAUCCACGUCCAGUUCGAGAAGGUGGCUUAGCGCCGAUAUUAUGGAAAAAGACAACAUCUCAAGUCUCCUAGAAGUUUUUUCUGCUCGAUGAUCUAACGUACAUCAGGCUUUAUCGAAUGCGAGCAUGUAACGAAUACAUAGAGCAGUAGAGAUGCUUUAUCCCACCUGCUGAUCCGUACUUUCAACGCUUAAAGAAUCCUCCUUAUAUUGGAAGGGAUACUUCUUUCAUUUUCGAGACAGCCCGCCGUGGUGCAUCAGCCUCGAAGCGCGCAGCGACCGUGGCGAAAGUUGUUCUGCCGAGUGGGCGGAAGGUGGAGCGUCCCUUGUCUGCGGUAGACAUCGCGGUGAACGAGUUUCGGCAGAAAUUCAGUUCGAUCGGUGCCAACACCGGUUACGCGCAUGCAACCGAUUUGUACGCGAUUUUUGCCAAGGCCCGUCGUGAUCCAGACGAUUACCGAGUGUGCCUUCAUGCCCUCAACAUCUGUUACAACUUUGGCUUGCCCCUCGCGCCCGCAAGAAGUUUAGCCACGCGCUUGCUAGCUUUGGCAUUACGGUGUAACCAAGUGCGAGAGGGCGUAGAAUUGGUGGAAAAGUAUCGGGCGUUCUUGGCGCAUCCGCCGGACCCGCAGAUGAUCUACACCCUCAUGGGUGCUUUGAUGGCAAGAAAAAUGUAUAAGGAGGUAAGAGGCGUACUCCAGGCAGUGCGCGAGGAUUGGUGUCUCUGUCCGCGGCCCAACUUCUAUUCUAUUGCCGUCGAAGCCAUGCUCCAGCUGGAUCCUAGUGGUGACGAAGCUGUGGCACUUAUCGAAGAUGCAGCACGGUUCGAGAUUGAUUUACCGGUGAAGAUUCGACUCGCGGUUGUCGAGUCUAUGCUCACGGAAAGAAGCAGGAAUUGGACGAGUGACGGAGCAGACACCGGUGAAAGUGGUAAAGCAGAAGAGGGCACAAAUGCGGGAUUACCACCUGAGAUAUUCGAAAAGCUUCUUCCGAAACACGAGUAUGUCACGAGUGAAGGGAUUCGGAGGCUCGUGUGCUUAGCGUGGCAACGAAAACUCUCAGGCAAAGACCCCGCGCCAUGGCGAGAACUACGUGCAAUUAUGGUUUGGAGGAUGUAACGGAUGUAACUGUAAUUCAUGUUGAUCACAUAGUAAGAACAGAGAAAGAUCUCAAGAACCUCAACAAACGAAAGAGGUGUUACUUCAGCUUCCCUCAGACUAAAGCUAAAGUAUCUUUCUCUAGUCACAACUCGAAAAAACGUUGGAAAAACCGGAAACUUCGUAAUUGGGCUCUCCAGAGUAGAGUGCCGGAGGCCUUUUUGAGAGUCGCGGGAAAGGACUUCGAAACAGAGUGUCGUAGAACGCUUGGGGACUACUUCGUACCGGAAACAUCAUAGGCCACCUGAUUUCUGACUUUGAUGUAGUCGCUGGGAGCAGAGGCAGACUUUGAGGUCCUCUCGUGAAUGUGGGAAACGCUUGCGUUCUUUUGGAACGCAUUGCAAACAAAUUAUACGCGCAAUUUUUACAUCUAAUGAUCAGCUUCGAAUUUUUUUUUUCCGUUUUAUCCAUGAAGGAAAGGUGCUGCAGUAU